UAUGGCGGUGAUUUCCUCUGCUCUAGACCACCUCCUCUGCUCCAUCUGCACUGAGGUCUUCACUGACCCAGUGAUCCUCAGCUGCCAACACACCUUCUGUAAAGAGUGCAUCCACAAGUGCCUGAGUGCUGGUCUCCAACACUGUCCACAGUGUAACGCCUUUAUUGUCGGCAAGUCUUUUCAACCCCACAGGAUUGUACGUGACUUAGUGGAGCAGCUGAGGCUUGAUGAAGCCAGGCAGGAGGGGAACAGAGCACACACAUGCCCCGAGCACCACAACCAGGAGCUCACUCUGUUCUGUAAGAAAGACAGCAGGCUUGUUUGUCUCGUGUGUCGGGACGGGAGGGACCAUGUCGGCCAUUCCUUCAGGCCUGUGGAGGAAGAAGGAGAGGAGGUGAAGAGAGAAGUGUCCUCAGCUCUAGACCUCCUGACGGCUGAUAUCUUUGAGGUGGUCUGCUACUGGGAGAGACAGCGUGGAGAGAUAACCACCACCAGGUGGACCUCCAACCUGCUGAAAAUCCAGAUCAGCCAGCAGUUUGAGGAGCUGAGGAAGGAGCUGGAGUGGAGGGAAGUGGAGGAGAUGAGGAAGGUAGAUGAGCAGGGUGACCUGACUGCAAUGGAGAAGAACCUGGCUAUGAUGGAAACAUGUCUGGUGGACGCCAGAGCACAAUUGGCCAAUCUGCAGUCCCUCCUGCACCUGUCUGACCCCAGAGACCUGGUGGUGCAGUGGUGGGAGAAAGGUAGGGUGGAUGAGUAGAAAGCUGUCUUCUCCUACUGGAAGCUUCCCCCGUAUCUGUCUGCUGCAGAACCGUCUUGCCCUCCGGCCACCCCUCAGCCUGCUGCCCCACACUAACUGGAUGGGUCUGGAGUACACCCUGGCCCGAAACAUAGGCUCACCUCCCCGCUCUUGGGUCGACCCACUGUUUGGUAACAUGUUUGAUUGCAUCCAGGGACUUCUAUGGAUGUGGACUUUUGGUGAAUUCUUCUAAAACGUAGCUCAGUAUCCUGUUAGUAUCCGUCAGUAUCCAUCUCAGUCCACAUCUAGUAAGACUUCCCAUCCUGACCGUUGACC